AGUAUAGUAUACACAAUCCACAGCCACCUUCACUCUCGACAUCGAUAAAAACCGACCAAAUUACCCAGUCCCAAUCCCCAACAAAAUUCAAACCAAUCCAAUGAAUUUUGUUGUUGCUAAGAACAACCCAACAAAUCAAACAAAAGCUACUCAGAGCCCAAUUGACUGACGACUGUGUAUGAGUUGAGUACAUCUUCAACCUCAGAUGGCUCAAAUCUAAACCCAAAAGUAAACACUUUCAUUUCAAACCCAAAAUGAAGAUCACUCGCCCUCAUCGUCCUCUCACAAACUCUCUCAUUCACUCAAAACCCAGAAAUAUCUGCUCCUCUUCCAAACCCACCUCCCAAGAUAAUGACGAAAAUGACGACUCCCACUUCGUUUCGGGCCUAACCGACGUCGUUCGAGGAAAGCAGAGCUGGAAAGUCGCCUUCAACGACCCCUUCAUUUCAAUCGCAUUGAAGUCCCAUCACGUUGAGAAGGUUCUGAUCCAGAAUGUAAGGAAUCCCAGGUUAGCCUUGCGGUUUUUCAAUUUCUUGGGCUUGCACAAAAGCUUCAAUCACUCUACGGCGUCGUUUUGCAUUUUGAUUCAUGCCCUGGUUCAGUCCAAUCUCUUUUGGCCUGCCUCCUCGCUUUUACAGACCCUCUUGCUACGUGGGUUGAACCCAAAUGAGGUUUUUCAGUCUUUGUUGAAUUGUUAUAGGAAACUUAACUGCUCGUCGAGUUUGGGUUUUGAUUUGUUGGUUCAAAAUUAUGUGCAAAAUAAGAGAGUGUUGGAUGGUGUUGUGGUUGUUAGGCUCAUGAGGGAGUGUGAAAUUUUGGCUGAGGUUAGAACCUUGAAUGCCCUCUUAAAUGGGUUGGUAAGAAUUAGGCAUUUCAAUAUGGUUCUGCAACUUUUUGAUGAGUUUGUCAAUGUAGGUCUUCGGCCUGAUGCUUAUAUGUACACGGCUGUGGUUAGGAGCUUGUGUGAAUUGAAAGAUGUACACAAGGCUAAGGAAGUGAUUCAGUACGCAGAAUCGAAUAAGUGUGAGUUGAGUGUUGUUACAUAUAAUGUGUUGAUUCAUGGACUCUGCAAGUGCCAGAGGGCUAGGGAGGCUGUAGAGAUCAAGAAUUUAUUGGGGCAAAAGGGAUUGAAAGCAGACAUGGUGACGUAUUGUACAUUGGUGCUUGGGUUGUGCAAAGUGCAAGAAUUUGAGGUUGGUGUGGAGCUAAUGAAUGAAAUGAUUGAGCUGGGGUUUGUUCCGAGUGAAGCGGCUCUUUCAGGUCUCAUGGAGGGACUGAGGAGGAAAGGGAAGAUUGAAGAUGCUUUUGAUUUAGUGAAUAGAAUGGGAGAAGUUGGGGUGGUGCCUAAUUUGUUUGCUUAUAAUUCAUUGAUCAAUUCUUUGUGUAAGGAUGGGAAACUGGAGGAAGCAGAAUUACUCUUUGAUAACAUGGGCAAGAAGGGUAUGUUUCCCAAUGAUGUAACAUAUUCUAUUUUGAUUGAUUCGUUCAGCCGAAGGGGAAUGUUGGAUGUUGCACUUUGUUAUUUUGGUAAAAUGACCAAUGCUGGGAUUAGAGUAACUGUGUAUCCCUACAAUUCUUUGAUAAGCGGGCAAUGCAAGUUUGGAAAAUUGAGUGUGGCAGAAAACCUCUUCAGUGAGAUGAUGAAUAAAGGAGUGGCUCCAACCGUUGUAACCUAUACAUCAUUGAUAAGUGGAUACUGCAAAGAAGGAGAAAUGCACAAGGCAUUUAGGCUGUAUCAUGAAAUGAUGGCAAAAGGCAUCACACCAAACACUUAUACCUUCACUGUAAUAAUUUCAGGUCUUUGUCGUGCAAAUAUGAUGGGUGAAGCAACUAAGUUCUUCAAUGAAAUGGUGGAAAGGGGCAUUUUGCCAAAUGAGGUCACUUAUAAUCUUAUGAUUGAUGGUCACUGCCGAGAAGGCAACACGGUUAGAGCCUUUGAAUUGUUUGAUGAAAUGGUCAAAAAGGGGCUUGUACCAGACACAUAUACAUAUAGACCUCUAAUAAGUGGUCUUUGUUCAACAGGUAGAGUGUCUGAAGCCAAAAAGUUUGUAGUUGACCUUCACAAAGAGAAUUAUAAGUUAAAUGAGAUGUGCUAUAGUGCACUACUACAUGGUUAUUGCAAGGAAGGAAGAUUGCAUGAUGCAUUAGGUGCUUGUCGUGAGAUGAUUGAAAGAGGAGUAGACAUGGAUCUUGUGUGUUAUGCGGUACUUAUUUGUGGAGCUUUAAAGCAACAGGAUACUGGAAGAUUAUUUGGUCUCUUUAAUGAGAUGCAUAAUCAGGGACUGAGGCCUGAUAAUGUAAUAUAUACAAGUAUGAUUGAUGUAUAUGGGAAAACAGGAAAACUUGACAAGGCAUUUGGAGUUUGGGAUAUAAUGGUUAGUGAAGGAUGCUUACCAAAUGUUGUGACAUACACUGCCUUGGUAUAUGGGUUAUGUAAGGCAGGUUAUACGGAUAAAGCAGAGCUUCUUUGUAAGGAUAUGCUCUUCGGUGAUACCCUUCCUAAUCAUGUUACAUAUGGUUGUUUCUUAGAUCACCUUAGCAAAGAAGGAAGCAUGGAAAAAGCUAUACAGCUGCAUAAUGCCAUGCUUGCUGGGUUGUCGGCAAACACUGUCACAUACAAUAUACUUAUCAGGGGUUUUUGCAAAAUGGGUAAGUUUCAGGAAGCUUCAGACCUCCUUGUUGAGAUGACAGCCAAUGGUGUUUACCCAGAUUGUAUCACCUAUUCAACAUUUAUCUUUGAGCAUUGUAGGAGCGGCAAUUUGCUAGAAGCUAUUAAAUUGUGGGAUGUCAUGCUAGAUAGGGGUUUGAAGCCUGAUAUUCUAGCAUAUAACUUUUUGAUAUAUGGUUGUUGUGUCACUGGAGAACUAGCCAAGGCUUUUGAGUUGCGUGAUGACAUGAUGAAAAGAGGGUUGAAGCCAGAUCGAGUUACAUAAAACACACUCAUCCAUGGAACUUGCCUGACAGGUUGAGUUCUGUCCAUCAGCUGCUAGAAAUGCUGGAAGAGUCUUCCGUGUGUCCCAUAUGGAACCAGGCAUGCGUUCUGUUACCUUCAAAAACUGACAUUUUUUUAGCUUAGGUAUACUUCUAACAUUGACAAGAUGACCUGGAAUUCUUUUAUGUACAUUAUUCCGACCCUAUAUGUUAAGGUAGAAGAUGUAAGAGAGAGACAAUGUAAUGUAUCAACAAGCGGAUGAGCAACAUAGAGCUGAGAGAAACUUUGAAU